GCUAUAAAAAGUCAAAAGACGCAGCCCAGACAUAACUUGACUUGAGUCUGGACGCAGGUAUCGGACAGUCGGGUGUGGAUCAGAGCUGAAUCUUCUCUUUUUGACCAAACUGAUUACAGCAUGUCCGAUAUGCUUGACGUCAGUACGAAGAACUAUCUGAACCUGCUCCCGGAUGAUGAUUCCUUGUUCUCGUCUCAGUCUCAACUCAAAGCCCCGGGGCACAGCCGGCUCAGCCGCUCGGCCUCCUUCUUCUCCCCCGACUGCGCGAGCCACAACCUGAGCGCGGAGCACGUCGGCGAUGACGGCAGCUCGGCCCCCCUGUGGCCCUCCAACAUCUGGAGCCAGGCCCCCGUCCCCAAGGCCAAGGCGGCCUUCAGGCCGGACCGCUCCAUGAGCCUGACGGAGUCCAGCAGCAGCCUGCUGCACCAGCUGAGGGCCCAGGAGGCCUUUCCGCUGGGCGCCGCCCCCACCGUGGCCCCCCCGCCCGGCUUCCCCCCCUCCUCCGCCCUCCCGGCCCAGCUCCCGCCGGUGCUGUCCGGCAACCGCUACAAGACCGAGCUGUGCCGCGGCUUCCAGGAGACGGGCAGCUGCAAGUACGGCAACAAGUGCCAGUUCGCCCACGGCGAAGCGGAGCUGCGGGGCAUGUUCCGCCACCCCAAGUACAAGACCGAGCCCUGCAGAACCUUCUACAACUUCGGCUACUGCCCGUACGGCUCCCGCUGCCACUUCAUCCACGAGGAGAAGCUCGGCGGCGCCCUGCUGCCUGCCAGGCUGCAGAGCCAGCUGGGUCCCAGCGAGGGUCCGGGCCCUCGCCACCCGCUGCGCCAGAGCGUCAGCUUCGCCGGCUUCCUGGGCUCCUCGCGCUGCUCGCCGCCCCCGUUCUUCCCCUCGUCCCUCGGCGACGCCAACGCGGGCUUCAGCCGCGCUCCCUCCGUGUCGCCGCCCCCCGCCGACCUCCUCUCCCCCGUCUUCCUGGACGCGGCGCAGUUCCAGUUCGGCGGCCGCCAGAGCCGCGCCAGCGCCGGAGACAUCCACGGCGUUCCCCUGAUCCUGGAGCCGAAGGCCUCGCGCUGCGUGUGCGGCCACGGGAAUAACGGCGGCGGCGGCGGCAGAGUCUUCGGCGGCGCGGAGGAGGACGGCCGCACGUUCUUCGGACCCCUGGGGGGCAGCGCCUUCACGAAGCCCCCCGGGCUCCAGCGCUCCUCCUCCGAGGACUCGCUGGAGGACAGCUACAGCAGCAGCAGCAGCGGGGGCUCCAGUGGGAGCGAGUCCCCCACGUUCGACGGCUCAGCCAUAAAAAGGCUGACGGUGUUCGAGCGUCUGUCUCUGUCUGACUGAGUGCAGCUCCAAAGACCACGACCGGCACUUGCCAGAGACACAACAACACUUCAAAUUAUUUAUUUAUGUUUGUAAGAAUAGAAUAGAAACUCAGACAAACUACACAUACUGAGAUUUUAUUACCCAGAUGUAAUUGUAUUUUUAUACUAAAACCUUUGUGUAGCUUCUCAGACCUUUGUAUGUGGUCUUCCAUUAGGUUUAACUCACUGCAGGUCUUGACAGGACCAGUCGUCUGGCUGGUCUGUUCUAUAAAUCAGUAAUUCCUGUGCCUUCGUAAUUCUCCCUGCUCGAAAGGCUUUUCACACUUUUUGCCAAAGACAGUAUGUUUGUCUCAGUAGCCUUCGUCAGCGAGACCUGACAUGUGUCACUGAUGCAAUUCUAAUCUGUGAUAUGCACUUUACAGCUAAUUGAAAUGGGAGAAGCUGUCGAUUCUCCCAGUAGCAUUCUACCAAAGCUUUAUACAUCACUCUUAUGUGUGUGUGUGUGUGUGUGUGUGUGUGUGUGUGUGUGUGUGUGUGUGUGUGUGUGUGUGUGUGUGUGUGUGUGUGUGUGUGUGUGUGUGUGUGGGGUGUUUGAGUGCAAAGGUGUGACCGUUGAUUUUUUUUUCUGAGACCUGGGGUGCAUAUGUAAGAUGCAGAAUGCAUCAUUUUGUUCGAUAACUUGUAAAUGCACCCCAUCUGUUAACGUUUUUUUUCUUUUGCUUUUGGAUUUGUUCCCUGUUUGCUCGACAACGUGGUUCAGGGACUUGGCAGUUCACAGUAUUCAUUUUGGUUAUCGGUUGCCUCGUGUUGUUUAAGUUAAAAAAUAUAUAUAUUUAUUUAUUUAUUUGUGUUUAACAAACAAAUUCAUUUUGUACUUCAUUUUAUUUAUAGAGAAAUUCUUCAAGAUCUGUGAAAUAUCAAUGUGACAGAAAAGAAAAAAAGAAAACUGAAAAAAGCAGAGUCUUAUAUUUUUAUUUGCCUUAAAGGGAAAAAUUAUUGUGAAUAAACAAAUGAAAUGAAA